CGCAUCACCAGCAGCAGAAGAACAGGAGCAGCCACAUAUAGACAAGCUCACCACUUCUCACUACAGCUUUCAUAUUUUUCACAUGAGACUUGUGCUCUUCUGUUAGCUAACUGCAAUGUCAGCCUCUCGCACAGUAAUUUGUUUGCUAAGGAACGACCUGCGCCUUCAUGACAACGAGCUUUUCCACUGGGCUCAGAGAAACUCGGAGCAUAUAGUCCCUCUGUACUGCUUUGACCCGAGACAUUAUGUGGGAACGUAUAACUUCAACCUGCCAAAGACUGGGCCUUUCCGCCUGCGCUUCUUGCUGGAGAGCGUCAGAGACCUUAGAAACACGCUGCUCAGCAAGGGAAGCAAUCUGGUGGUGAGGAAGGGUAAACCGGAGGAGGUGGUCGCUGACCUCAUCAAGCAGCUCGGCUCCGUUAGCAGUGUGGCUUUCCAUGAAGAGGUUGCUUCAGAAGAGCUGAAUGUGGAGAAAAAGGUGAAGGAAGUCUGUGCUCAGCUAAAGGUGCAAGUUCACACCUGUUGGGGCUCCACGCUGUACCACAGAGAGGAUCUACCGUUUCCACAUAUAUCCAGGCUACCUGAUGUCUACACAGAGUUCAGAAAAGCGGUGGAGAGUAAGAGCAGGGUGAGGCCUGUGCUGCCAACCCCUGAGAGGCUGAAUCCUCUUCCCCCGGGGUUGGAAGAAGGAGCUAUUCCCACAGCAGAGGACCUUCAGCAGACCGAGCCUGUGAGUGACCCUCGCUCAGCUUUCCCAUGCGCUGGAGGAGAAAGCAGCGUCCUUGCAAGACUCCAGCACUAUUUCUGGGACACUGAUGCAGUGGCGACUUACAAAGAGACUCGUAACGGGUUGAUCGGAGUGGAUUACUCCACUAAGUUUUCACCAUGGCUGGCUUUGGGAUGCAUUUCUCCGCGGUACAUUUACCAUCAGAUCAAAAAGUACGAGCGGGAGCGGACAGCCAAUCAGAGCACCUACUGGGUCAUUUUUGAGCUUUUGUGGAGGGACUACUUCAAGUUUGUGGGAGUUAAAUAUGGAAACAAAAUGUUUCAGCUGAAAGGGCUUCAAGGAAAGUCAGUUCCAUGGAAGAUGGACACAAAGCUGUUUGAUGCAUGGAAAGAGGGACGGACAGGCGUACCUUUUGUUGAUGCAAACAUGAGAGAACUUGCGCUGACGGGCUUCAUGUCCAACAGGGGGCGCCAGAAUGUUGCAAGCUUCCUCACAAAGGAUCUGGGCCUUGACUGGAGACUGGGAGCUGAGUGGUUUGAAUACCUGCUGAUCGAUCAUGAUGUCUGCAGCAAUUAUGGGAACUGGCUCUACAGCGCUGGUAUAGGAAAUGACCCCAGAGAGAACAGGAAGUUCAACAUGAUCAAACAAGCCCUCGACUAUGACAACAAUGGGGAGUACGUGAGACGGUGGGUCCCAGAGUUAGGUGCUAUCAGGGGCCCUGACGUUCACACACCCUGGAACCUGAGCUCAGCUUCACUGUCACACGCUGGAGUGUCGCUCGGUGAGACCUACCCAACCCCCAUGGUCACUGCGCCUGAAUGGAGCCGACAUUUUGGCAAGAAACCGAGCGGUGCAGGACCAUCACCAAAAGGAAAGAAAGGCCCGUCGCACCAUCCCAAACAGCACAGAGACAGAGGCAUCGACUUCUAUUUCUCCAAAAGUAAAAACCUGUGAAACGUGGCGCUGCAGAGGAGGAAUGAAACCUAAGAUCUAAAUUCUGGGUCAUGUCGUCAAUUUUCACACAGCCUAUAAAGGAAGUCAUCUGAGUAGAAAAAGGCUACUUUUAGCUCAUGAAAGCUGAACCGAUACAAAUAUGCCUUGCAAGUAAUACCUCAACCUUUUUACAUCUGUGUAUUCUAUAAGGAUUUUAAGUUACAGUUGAACACAAAGUAGCGAAAUUAAAGAAACAUUUUUUUUUUAAAUAAAAAUGAUAAAAAUGUUAUGUGCAUUUGUUUUUGCAUUCUUGGGACUGCUAUAAAAAAAACCUUAAAAAAAGCACUGCCAAAUGAGAAGCCUACCAGAACAAGGCGUUCAGACUUAAGAAGGAGAGCAUUAACCAGAGGAUCAGCAAAUGUCAAUAGGUUUAUGGAAGCUGCUGAAAAUUGAAUUGACAGAUCGACUAUUGGCCAGUUACUCCACAAUUCUGGUCUCAUGCAACAGCGGAAAGUAGAAGGCUCCUUAAAAACAAAAACAAAGUCCCUUCUAGUUUUGCUAAAUCCGCAAAGAUGAAAAAAGCAAGUUAGAAAAUUAGAUGGUGAUGUGGUCAAAUGACACUAAAGUCCUCCUAGCUUUAAUGCAAAAACACUAGGUGCACACUACACAUCACCCCAAACACAGGUUUAACACAGUGGUGGCAGAAUGGUGCUGUGGGGAUGCUGUUCUUCAGCAAGGACUUUGAACAGAAGAUGGGUGCAUCCAAAUAUUAUGUAAUGCUAUAAAACAACCUGAUGGAGGCUGGAGAUCACUUGGGUCAAAGGUUUAACAGCCAUUAGGAGACUGACCAGAUUACCGUCCAAUCAACAGAAUCGGUGGGGUGGAAAUGGAUCUACACAGAUUCUUGCCAUCCAGUUUGAUCUUUAGCUUCAGAGGCGUAGCCAGAAAUUUUUUAUAAGGGUGGCCAGGCAGGUAAUA